AUCGGCUCUAUCGGCCAGCAAAUUUCUUUGGCCGCUCUAUCGGCCAGGGUACCCUCCUCCCCCGCGGGGACGAUGCUGCACGCCAGACGUCUCUGUGCGGUUUACCAGCAGCCCCGGCCAAGCGUACGACUUACUGGCCCUUCUUGUUAAACGUACCGUUUAAUCCGCGGCCUCAGGAGGUGGUUGUCUGCUCCCGCGGUGAGCGGCUGGCAGCGGGGGCUCCUCCGAGGAAGGUGCUCGGGGCGCGCCUAGCAGCGUCCGCUCCGCAGUCGGUCCCGCAGUCGAGCAGAGACUCUCCUGCCUGGCUCGACAAACUGACGUGCGGAGACAGACUCCACAACCCGUGUGAUCACUGUGAGCCGGCGGAGUCACAAAGAAGACCGCCUUGCACGCACGCACACAUGCAUGCGCACACGCACAUGUCUGUCUUGGCAUCGCAAUGCCAGCAAGAAUAUUCAACUGAAACCCAUGUGGAAGACGUAAGGUUGAGUGGUGGAGACUCCCCAGCACUGGUGGUAGCUGAACUACUGCUGCAAGACGCUGCCAAAAAGCCUGUGCGGAUCCUUGGUAAAAUGGAUGCUAUACACAAGCUCAAGAUUUUUGUGAUGUUUCUGUCUCUGGCUACUUUCACAGUCAUGGUGAUACUGAAUGCUGGAAAUGCCACUGGGAUAUUCAAAGGUCUGUUCAGGACAACCCCUGGAAACAUCUCGGCGAAGUACAACACUGACUUCACACCAGCUGGCUGGACUUUCCUCAUCUGGAAUGUCAUCUAUGCCUGGCAGCUUGCCUGGCUUCUCUAUGCCUUGUCAGGGAUCUGUCGAAGGAAUGAACUUGGAUGUGUCUACAUAAAGCCAGACUUGCUGCCAAUACCUUUUUACAUGGUGUGGAUUCUGAAUAACAGCCUCAAUGUUGGAUGGCUGUUUCUGUGGGACCGAGAAUACCUCCUCCCAGCCCUGAUGUUCCUGGCAGCCCUCACUCUUACUGCGUGUGCUGCCCUCUUCAUUUCACACCGAGCGUUGAGCAGCCAUUCCUCGUGGUUUGUGAAGGGUCACAAAACUGAGCUCUGGCUAAUCCGCAUCCUGGUCCAGAAUGGGCUGGUGCUGUAUUCAACAUGGACCACCAUCGCCACUCUGCUGAACUUUGCUGUUGUGUUGAUCUACAAGUGGAACGUGUCCAAUGAGACAGCAACGACUGCUUCUCUAAGCAUCCUUGCUCUCGGUCUAGUAAUAUGGUUUUAUCUAGAAAACUUCUUUCUUGAUGAGUAUGUCCGCUAUAACCUUACAGUCUACCCAGUGGUCAUAAUAGCUCUGACUGGCAGUGCAUGCAAGAACUUCUUGUUUUCAUCCCCAACGACAAACGGCAUUUUUAUAGGUGAAUCUUUUGGACUGUUUCCAACUCUUGUAAAAGAAGGCCCGUAA